AUGGGAAAUGUAUUUGCCGGAGCACCAUGUAAGGAUUUUCCAGCUCAAUUAAGCAAAGUUCCUGGAAAUAGGCAUGAUACCUUGAAAAAUCCAGGUACAUUACAAGAUAUCAACAAACGAACAAAAGAUCUGUGGCCCACACUCUUCGAAGGUGCAAAAAUUCUGGCAUGUAAAGCAAUAAGUCCUCAUAUAAGCAUCAAACAUGCUUUUCACAUGAGCUCUGUCUACCCUAGUGGAUAUAGAUUUGGAAUAAGUUAUUGUGGUGCCAAGUUUCCAGAAAUCAGGGCAGGUCCUUUGAUAUAUGGAGAAUUUAGUCCUAAUGGAGACUUCAGCGGAGUUAUAUCUCACAAUUUCACUGAUCGUUUAGCAUUCAGAGGAUUUACUCAAAUGCAUCAACAGAAGCAAAUUAAUGAGAGUUCGUUUUUUUUAGACUAUUUUGGUAAUUCAUACACUGGUUCUUUUUAUGUGUGUGAUGUUCAUCGUAUGUAUGAGAGUGGAUCGAUAUUAUUACACUAUCUACAAAAAUUAACUAAUAGAAUAGCAUUAGGAACCGAAUUUACUAUGAGAUGGGAUGGCAGUCAAAAUAAAGAAGAAUUUACAAUGUUAUCAUUGGCAGGAAGAUAUUGUUCUAACACCAGUAUGUUAUGUGCCACAGUAAGUCCCCAUGCGCUUGAUGUAUAUUUUUAUCAAAAAGCUAAUGCAAAGUUGCACAUUGGGACUGAGUUAAGUAUAAAUCUGAGGACCAACAAAUCUAGUGCAACUAUAUUAUAUAGACUUGAGAUGGACUCAAUAAUUUUCAAAGGUUUGAUCAAUUCUGAUUGGAAUGUCGGAGCCACAGUAGAAAAAUGCAUGUGCAACAUGCCGAUUAGCUUAAUUUUUAGCGGUUUGAUGAAUCACAAUAAUGGACAAUUUCGAAUGGGUAUAGGCAUGCAAACUGAAUGA